AGCCAAACGCGUGAGAUUCAGAGAACCGUUAACAAAAGUUGCAGAGAUGUCUAAGCAGUACGUGCCGCCUCUGAAUUCGACGGCCAUAAGAAGUACGGAGACUCACGAGGCAUCAGCCAGCGUACACAUCCCAAUCCUGCUGUGUACGUAGUCAAUACUCGAGAGUGGAGAGAAUGCAGAGGCCGGUGAGCACCCCGUCGUUCCCCGUCUUGGCGGACGAGGAGGAGGCGGAGGACCUGGAGGCCAAGCCGGAGAAGGCGCCCGCCGUCCGGCCGUCGCCGGCCACGGAGCGGUCCGUCCACCUCGUGCCGCUGAUCGUCGUGCUCUGCUUCGUCGUCCUCUUCCUCUUCUCACACGCCCCCUCCCCGUCCGACAUGUCGAGCUUUGGAGGGAAGGCGGGGAGCAGGAAGCCCAAGCUGCUCUGACGACGGUCGAGAGAAGAGCUGAGGAACUGAGCCAGCGAUAUGCCAAAAAGAUGUGAAGGUUUUCUGUUUUCUUUCUUGAUCUCAGUUGUGAGGCAUAGACAGACAGCGAGCUGUACUGAUCUCGCUGCGGCCAUAAUAAAGCGCAGGCAAAACACAAUGGUGAUAUAAUGCACUAAUGUUCUGAUGGUA